UACUGACAUUUGUGUUUUAUUAUCUGUGUUGAUAGUUGACACGAGUACAAAGUUGCUUCGCCUUUAUUAUUAACCUCUUUUCCUGCUUGAAUUACUCAAGGAAUUACUCUUCCAAACAAUGUGUGACACAUAUCAAAAUAGUGAUUGUGAUGGUGACAAUUUAAAAAAUAAUACGGAGAACAAAACAGUGCGUAACAUCUUGCCUACCGCACCAGAGGUAACGGAAAAGAAGAACCCGCAAGUAUAUUUCGACAUCUGUGUUGAUGAGCAAAAGAUUGGCCGCAUUAUAAUGAUGCUUAGAGCAGACAUAGUUCCAAAGACUGCAGAAAACUUUAGAGUGCUCUGUACACAUGAAAAGGGGUUUGGUUACCAGGGUAGCUGCUUUCACAGGAUCAUUCCGGAUUUUAUGUGUCAAGGUGGUGAUUUCACGAAUCACAACGGUACAGGAGGGAAAUCAAUAUAUGGGAAUAAGUUUGAAGACGAGAAUUUCAUAUUAAAACACACUGGUCCCGGUAUAUUGAGUAUGGCGAACUCUGGGCCUAAUACAAAUGGAUCACAGUUCUUUAUAUGUACAGCUAAAACGGGAUGGCUCGAUGGAAAGCACGUAGUCUUCGGUCGCGUGAUCUCCGGUUUGGAUGUUCUGAAGAAGAUUGAACGGUUCGGGAGCAAAGGCGGGACCACAUUCGUGAAAGUUACUAUAUGCAAUUGUGGAGAAUUACAAUAGUUUUUACUGAAA